UCUUCUAUCUAGAUGUUCUAUGAGCAUGUAUUUUUACACUGGGGGGAAAAGAGGGAGUCGUUUAUUGGCAAAGCGGGGAGGGGCUAGAAAGCAGGCAUAUUGCCUUCCACGUAACAGUUUUAAUAAGUGCUGUCUGUGGUGUUUGGCAAGCCUGGUUUAUAUCCAUCUACAAGGUUUGCGAACCCAUGUUGCCGAUUCUUUUCUGCCACAGAACAACUCCCUUGGUACAACCAAAAAGACCCGUGUUUACUUUUCAUUAAAAGUGGAAGAACCUGGAAAAGUCCAAGAAAAGAAGCAGCUGGGAAAGUGAGAGGAAAACGGAAUGUUUAUAUCCUUGGAAGCUAUUUGAGAAUGGAGCCUACUUGUUAUACCAGCAGAUGAAGAAUUUAAGGAGGGUGUCUAUCUUUAUUCUCUUUAACAACUGAGAGUCUGCUCUGGGAACCAUCAGGCACCAUGGGGAAGCGGGAUAAUCGUGUAGCUUAUAUGAAUCCUAUAGCAAUGGCCAGAUGGCGGGGCCCCUCGCAAUCUGCAGGCCCAACAAUACAAGAUUAUCUGAAUCGACCGAGGCCGACCUGGGAAGAAGUGAAGAAACAAUUAGAAAAUAAAAAGAAAGGCUCCAAGGCAUUAGCUGAAUUUGAAGAAAAAAUGAAUGAGAAUUGGAAGAAAGAACUAGAAAAAAGCAGAGAGAAGUUAUUAAGUGGAAACGAGAGCUCAUCCAAGAAAAGGGAAAGAAAGAAAAAGAAAAAGAAGAAAUCUUGUCAGUCUUCGUCGUCUUCUUCAUCAAGCUCUGAUUCUUCAAGCAGUUCUUCAGAUUCUGAGGAUGAGGAGAAGAAACAAGGAAAAAAGAGAAAGAAAAAAAAGAACCGUGCAUACAAAUCAUCAGAAAGCUCUACAUGUGAAUCUGAAUCAGAGAGCAAGGAAUCUGUAAAAAAGAAGAAGUCAAAGGAUGAAACAGAGAAAGAAAAGUAUAUUAAAAGUCUCAGCAAAAAAAGAAAGAAGACUUAUCCUGAAGAUAAACCUUUAUCAUCAGAGCUCUCAUCAGAAUCAGAUUAUGAAGAGGAGAUGCAAGCAAAGAAGAAAAGGAAACGUGACGAUCGAGAAAAAGCAACAGAAAAAGCAAAGAAGAAGAAGAAGAAACAGCACAAAAAACAUAGUAAGAAGAAGAAAAAGAAGUCAGGUUCAAGUCACAAGUCAGGAUAAUAUCAAGAAAAAAAAUAAAGCAAGAUGUCCCUAUUGAAAAAAGCAAGGUCUAAAGGAAACUUCAACUGUGAAUGUUAGGGCAUAUUUACCAAAAUGCAUGAAUUUCCCUGUGUUAGAGUUAUUCCCGGACUUUUGAGUUGCCAGUCAAAUGCUACUGUGCCAGAAAGGGCCAUAAUUGUUGCCUGCAGCUUAAAUAUAGGAUUUUGUUUCAUUUGUGUGUUUUUCCUUCCACUGGCUAAUUCCUCAGAGAACUAAAACCCUGUUGUCAUACUAGUGGUUAAAAUGUUUGGAAUUAAAGUAAAAUGUUUUAGGUGAUAAAUAAUUUUGACCCAAAAAUGUCCCUAAUAGUCAAGAGAUCUAAUUUGGAUACAUCUUAAAAAUAUAAUCAGAACUAUCCAGAUGACAAUAGUUGACAUUUUUGAAGCAACUAUUGAUGCUCAAAAAUGACUAUUUGAUGUCUCCAAAUACUUACUUUUGAAGAUUAAAAAUUUAGUUUAUUUUUCUUUUCUCCUUAAUAAACUUUUGUUCUCAUGGGGAAAGGGCUUGCGGGGGAAAAAAGAGUUUGCUAUCACUUUGGCUAGCUGAAUAGUGUGCCUUUGGUCCUUACACAUCCUAUUUUUGCCUGUGCGGCAGCCAUUCUUUUCUUAUUUGGUGAUGUUGUAUGCUACUUUAAUGAACAAGAAAGACAGCAAUUUACAGUAUAUAUAAGACCCCAAUUUUAUGAAAUUUACCUCCACUACCACAGUACUGAAUAAUAUUUAGUGUUACAGUGUUACAUGAUUUGAAUUAACGUUGAUACCCUUUGCAGGGGAAUCGUUUUCAAUAGACCCUGGUAUUUUUUGAUUAAUAAAGAUUCUGAAAUAUUUUGCAUGUUUUAUACUAUUAAGUUAUGAUUAUCCAGGGAUAUUCUAUAUAACCAGUAAUCAUUUUUAUAUGAUUUAUGCUUAAAAUUCAAGUUUCAAGUUUGUAAUUUCUUAAUCUUACUAUAUUAAUUUCAUUACUCUGUUUAAUUGCACACUUGGUAAAAUAUUUAGCAUGCAAAAAGAAGGUUUUUAAAAAAUAUUUGAUGCCUUCAUAUUGAAGCUAGUUUACUGUAAGCAAGUUGAGUGCCAGACCUCUAGUACGCUAUAUGUCUUGUUACAUAAAACUACUGUCAAAAUCUUAGUAAGUACACUGUUUAAAAAUUUGUUGUCUUAAGCAUUAAUAUUGAAUUAAAUAGGAGUUAAGGAGAUUAUAGUUUUUCUGUUUCAUACUUUUCUAAGAUUUGGUGUUUGUUGCCUCGUGUUUGUUGCUGAUUCAUGCUCACCACUGUGUUAAAAUAAGUUGAAAUAUAUUUUUACUUUACAUUUUUUAUAUCAGAGUAAUAUGAAUUAUAAAUUGAUGUCUAAAAAACACCUGUUACAGAGGAUGUGCUAAUUGUAAUGUCAUACAUACAAAAUAUUUUGGCAUGAGGAGAGAAUCAAUAGCUAUUUUUUUAAUAGCUGAUUUCAUGUCAGCUGCCUUGAACCACAAGUAAAAUUGUAAAGAAAAAAACAUCUGGUAAAUAACAUAUUGGCUCCCCAAAUUUUUGCAGUGCGUAUACCAGAAUCUCCAGUAACAUUCUUAGAACAUUAUAGAUGUAAUACCUUAUUAGGUUACAUUGAAGCUUCAUAACUUUAGCUGUUUCCUAAACUAUAUCUAUAUAUGCUGAUUAAAACUAUUAUAUUUAAGGGAUAUUUUGUAUCCAUAUAGAGUUUUUCAAAAAUUGUUUUUCCUUAAAAUAUGAAAAAAGCUUAUAUUAUUUGUUGAAUGUGGCAAUGACAUUAACAGCUUAUCAGAUAUCUAUGUGCUCCCAUUCACUUCCCAGCCCCUUGUAGUUAGGCAAUGCCAUUUGACUACUUCUAGCAGAGGAAUUGCAGAGAAAUUGUAAGUGGAAGUGAUGUGUCGUUUCAAUACUGGAGCAGUAAAAAGUCCAGUGUGACUCUCCAGCUCUCUUUAUCUGUCAUGAUGACCUGAAAGUAAUGUACUACAAAUGUUGUACUAACAGUAUGAAUGCAACCUGGAUCUUUAACUUACUGUUUAUAAGAGACCUGCCCAGGAGAGCUGAUGGACUUGUAGUGAAUGUUUUGAGUGAGAAAUAAACUGUUACGUGUUAAGCCACCGA